AUUUCGACCCGCCACCAUAUAAAAGUGAAGGUUCGAUUUUUGGUAGCUUCAGUACAAGGGAAGUAACUCACCCAUAAUGAAGGUAUUCGCAGUAUUGGGUCUUUGCUUGGCAAUCGCCACUGCCCUUCCUCUGAAUGAGGAAGUUGGCGAGGAACACAUUCCGGAGCCCUACAAGAGAACCGGCGAGGAGCUGAUUCCGGAGCCCUACAAGAGAACCGGUGAGGAGCUGAUUCCGGAGCCAUACAAGAGAACCGGCGAGGAGCUGAUUCCGGAGCCCUACAAGAGAACCGGCGAGGAGCUGAUUCCGGAACCCUAUGAGGAGGUAGGCGAGGAGCAUAUUCCGGAGCCUUACAAGAGAACCGGCGAGGAGCUGAUUCCUGAACCCUACAAGAGAACCGGCGAGGAGCUGAUUCCGGAGCCCUACAAGAGAACCGGCGAGGAGCUGAUUCCGGAGCCCUACGAAGAGCAGGGAUACGAGCAGAACUGGCAGCUUGUGCCCGAUGGUGAUGGCCGUCUGCAUCUGGUAAACACCGAUCCCUUCAAUCUGGGCAGCCAGGAUGAGCCUGCACCUUUGUUCAAUGCUGAUGCCGACACCAUCUUCUUGCUAUUCACCCGCAACAACCGUAACAGUGGACAUCGCAUCACUCCUGGUAACGCUGGAACCCUUGGACCGCACUGGAACGGUGGUCGUCAAACUCGUUUCAUCAUCCACGGCUGGAACAACAAUGGAGGAUCGGAAGUGAACGUUGCUAUCCGCAAUGCCUAUCUUGAUCGGGCUGACAUCAACGUGAUCGUUGUUGACUGGGGUGGCGGCGCACAGAACCCUAACUACGUGACGUCUCGUAACCACAUCAAUGCUGUCGGAGCUGCGGUCGCCCGUUUCAUCGAUUUCCUGAACCAGAGUGGAGGCAUGUCCUUCAACAAUGUGUACGUUACUGGACACAGUCUCGGUGGUCAUACUGCCGGUAUUGUUGGCAAGCGCGUGACUCGUGGUCGCCUGAACACGGUCGUCGCUUUGGACCCUGCCCUGCCACUGUUCUCGAUCAACGAUCCAGCCAACCGUGUUGCGUCGGGUGAUGCUAACUACGUUGAGGUUAUCCACACGAACGGUGGACUGCUCGGUUUCGAUCUGCCCCUCGGUCAGGCCGAUUUCUACCCCAACGGAGGCCGUAGCCAGCCUGGAUGUGGCGUUGAUCUGGCGGGUACCUGCGCACAUAGCCGUGCUCAUCAGUUCUUCGCUGAGUCGGUCCGCCCGGCCCAGAGUGGCUUCAACUCUGUCCGUUGCGCCAACUACGAUCAGAUCCUGAACAACAACUGCGUAUCGUCGGGAGCUAACGCGCGUAUGGGCGGUGAGCCUUCGAACAUUGGACGCGGUGUGAAUGGAGUUUAUUUCCUCACCACCAACGCCCAGAGUCCGUUUGCCCGGGGUCGAGAACAGCGGACCGGCCGGAUCCAGUCCGAUGAUCGUGUUCAGCUGUCCAUUCUGCAUCUUGCCCGCGUUACCGGCGGCAUGAGCACCCAAACUAUGUCCGAUCAGGUAGAUGUUGUUGCGCGACGUACCCGUAGCCGAGACGAGGGUAUUCACCAUGCGCGAGAUGAUAUCACCAACGGAAGCAACACGGUUACGGGCGGCAAUGUAGUUAGCCGUCUGGGCGCCUGCUCCCCAAUCGACGGCAAUCACGUUGAAAUCUCCCACACCGAGAUAGUUCUGACGGAUGUUGGCAUGCAAACCGGACGUCUCGCCGCCAUUCCAUCCGUGGAUGGUAAAGCGCGUUGGGUGCGAGGCGACAAAGUUGGAGUUUUGCACGGAGGCUGGAUUGUUCCACUGAAGCACCUGACCGUGGGCCGGAUUACGACGCGUAAAGAGUCGGAAAAUCACAUCCGUCUCUGGGUUGAACAGCGGCUCGACCUCGUUAUCGUUCUCCGGGAUGGCGUAGGGAUUGGUGUUGAUCAGACGCAGGCGCCCCGACUCGUCCGGCACCAGCUUCCAGCUGUCGCUCAUGCAGCUUCCCUGUCCGCUCCUGCUCCCGACCAGUGGAUGCUCAUUCCGGACGGUAAUGGACGGCUACAUCUGGCCAACCUGAACCCGUACAAUAUUGACGAGACUGUGCCGGAGCCUCACUUUACGGCCGCCACCGAUACGAUCUUCCGGCUGUACACCCGCAGCAACCGUGACACGCCACAGGUCCUGCAGCUGAACAAUGCUGAUUCCAUAACCGGCUCGAGCUUCAACGCUGCCAAUCCGACCCGCUUCAUCAUUCACGGCUGGAACAACGAUGGGUUCUCGGAGGUGAACAUGAUCCUGAAGGACGCUUGGUUGGAUCGUGGCGACUUUAACGUGAUCACCGUCGACUGGGGAGUCGGUGCGCAGACCAUCAACUAUCCGUUCGCCCGGGCACGUGUGUCCGCCGUCGGUAACGUGGUGUCGACGUUCAUCAACUUCCUGCAGUUCACCACGAACAUCAGCUUCGCUAGCAUCAGCAUCGCGGGCCACAGUCUCGGUGCGCACGCAGCCGGAAAUGCUGGAUUCUUCCAGUUCGGCCGUCUGAACACGAUCUUCGGUAUGGAUCCGGCCCUGCCACUGUUCUCGCUCGACAGCAACGAUCGGUUGACGCUGAACGAUGCGCAGUACGUGGAGUCGAUCCACACCAACGCUGGUCUGCUUGGGUUCGAUCUGCCCCUUGGCCAGGCCUCCUUCUACCCGAACGGAGGACGUACUCAGCCUGGUUGUGGUGUUGACAUUACUGGUGCUUGUGCGCACGGUCGUGCGUACGAGUUCCUGGCCGAAUCGAUUGUAUCCGGUGGAUUCAGCUCGGUCCGGUGCGGUUCGUACGAUGAGAUUCUGACUGGAAACUGCUCCGUGCAGGGUCCGAGCCGUCCGAUGGGCGGUGAGCCGUCCAACUUUGGCACUGGCACUGAGGGUGUGUUCACGCUCUCGACCCGUGCUGCGGCUCCGUUCUCCCUUGGAUAAGUUAAAAUACGUCCAUCCUCAGCUUAUUUGUAAAAAAAAAACACAAUAAAUAAUGGCUUAUAUUUAAGCUCAAAAUAAUUA